GCCGCGGAGGGGCAUUCCGGAGGAGGUCAGCUCCAAGCUGGGCCAGGCCAAUGUGAUGUAUGCCAUGCGGGACUACCCGCCUGCAAUUGCACUGCUGCUGGAGGUCGUCCAGACCCACCCCAAUGUGUCCGACCCCUACCACACGCUGGGGCUGCUGCAUGAGGCGAUAGGUCAGCCCCGCAAGGCGCUGGACUUCUUCAUGAUCGCGGCGCACCUGAGUCCCCGCGACCUGCCGCUGUGGAAGCGCCUGGCCUCCAUGUCCACGGAGCUGGGGUUCUACAGGCAAGCCGUGUACUGCCUGUCCAAGGUCAUAGCCCGCGACCGGGGCGACCUGGAUGCGCUGUGGGACAGGGCGGUGCUGUACGCGCAGGUUGGUGACAUCGACAAGGCGCUAGCCCACUUCGCUGAGGUGGGUCGCGCCCGCCCCGGGGACCCCGAGGUGCCGGUCAUGCAGGCGCGGCUGCACCACCAGCUGGGGGCGCCGCUAAAGGCCAUCUCGGUCCUAGAGGCCCACCUGCGCGACCACCCCGCCCGGGUGGACCUCACCCACAUCAACAUUCUGGCGGAGCUGUACAUGGAGCGGGGCGGCUAUGCGGAGGCCCGUGCGCUCAUCGAGCGGGCGGGUCCGGUGUUGUGUCCUGAUCAGGCUCUGCCGCUGGACCUGGCUGUGAAAGCAGGCCUCUGCCUGGCCCACACGGGUCGGUGGGAGGAGGCGGAGGAGGUGCUGGGCGAGCUGCUGCGGGAGCCGGUGGAGCAGUUCGGGGACCUGUACGGCAGCGUGGGGGCGGCGCUGGCGGGACUGGGGCAGCAUGACAAGGCCCUGCAGUACCUGACCCCCCUGCUCGGGCACCCCGACUACAGCGAGCCGGGCCUGUGGAGCCAGCUGCUGGGGAGCCACGUGGCGGGGGGCCGGGCGGGGGAGGGAGUGGCGCUGUACCGGGGGCAGCUGGAGGCGAUGGAUCCGGCGGAUGCAAGGUACCCGGGUGCGGUGUUGCGUCUGGCGGAGCACUGCAUGGAGCUGGGCGGACCCACGGGUCACUCCACCGCCCUGGAGAUGGUGGAGCUGCUGGACGUAUACCUGCAGGCGCAGCAUGCGGCAGCUGGGGGCGGGGGUGAGGGUGCUUCCGAGGGCGGCCGACCCACGGGUCCCUCGCUGGCUGCGGUUGUGUUGGGCGAGGAGUUAGCCAUGCGGCUGAGUCAGCUGUACCUGGGGCUUGGGCUGCUGGACAGGUACGUGCAGUGCAUCCGCCCCUCCGUGGAGUCCUCCCUGACCGCCCUGGCUGCGGACCUGGCGCGCGUGAGCGACCCCGCCCUGCCGCGAUCGCUGAAGCGGGCCAUCCAGCGGAGGAGGAUGUUUGCGAGGAGGGGGGGACGCAAGGGUGAGGGUGCUGCGGAGGUGGGGUCGGUGUUCAAGGGAGCCACCAAAAGGGACCGCCGUACCGCCCGCACUCGCGAACUCGACCGCCAAGCCGCCGAGGUACUCGGACUGCCGUACGAUUCCCCCACUGGCGGAGGCGGGGGGGUUGGUGGUGGCGGUACGACAGAUGCCGGGUCGGAUGGUGGGGAC